UACCACCUUCCUGUAUCCAUUUUCUUGGAUUCAAUCAACUGGAAAUCAAUCUAAAACUUUGACUCAGCCAUAUCAACGAAGAGGGAAAGUCAAUACGCCGCAUGUAAUAAACCAAAAGGCUUAUAAGAUUUCCUCAGGAUUCCAGUUUUGUAAGAUUUCAUAGUUUUGUCUGAUCAUGAGUUACGACAAUCGACAACAAGCAGCAGUGGCAUAUCCUCCACCUCCAACUUCAUAUCCUUCGGCGGCGCCAGGGCAAGCGUAUCCUCCACCUAUGGCUCAACCAUACUAUCCUCCUCAAGUCCAGGGUCCAUAUGUUGUUCCACCGCCUGUAGCUUACCCCAUGAAAGAUGAAGUACCCCCACCGCCUAAGAGUAGGGGAAGUGGAUUCUGCAGGGGAUGUUGUGCUGCCUUGUGUUGCUGCUGCCUCCUAGAUUGUUGCUGCUUUUGAGUGAGGACUCUUAAGACAUACCAUCUCUUUUGCCUGUGCUUGGCUAGCUGGCUUUCCUCUUUUUCUUCAUUUUACAGAUUUUAUUUAUUUACUUCGUCACUUCCUUUCAUUAUAUGUAAUCCUUGAUCUCACCUCACAAUAAAACAAUCUUGUUAUUAGAAAUUUGUUUUAAGGUUGUAUUUCGGCCUAUCUUACAAAUUAAUUUGUAAUUUUCUUUUGGGGAUCCGUGAUAUAGAAAUAACCCUUCUGCCGAUGCUUCA